AUAUACAUAUGUUAUUUAGCUUUGUUUUGAUGGUAAAAUUCAUAGCAAAGAAUUAAGAUUUUAUUGGAAUGUAUAACUUUUUACUAAGGAAUUAUAUAAAGACAAGUUACCUAACCUUUUCCUAUGUAUACAAAAGUUGUCCUUGGUAUACUAAUAGUGUUUGCUUAUGUUGGCAUCAAGCCUUUUGCAUUUGAAAAGAUGGCCCAAUGUUACUGUAAUAAUGUUGAUUUUACUGGUCUUCCUCAUCGAAAAUGUGUUAAUAACAUAUGUGUAGGAGAUGAAACAUUAGAAGAAACUGUGUGUUAUGCUUCUCUUGAAAAAGAUUAUAGCAUAGAAAAAGGUUGUACUACUCCAUCAUUGUGUUACAAGGAAAAACAAACGCCAGUUCACGAUAGAGUCUUUGAAUGUUGUGAAACAAACUUGUGUAACUUUAAUUUAACAGAAGAAACAAUGAAAUAUUUCAAAAUGUAUGAAAAGGAUACACAAAGUACAGUUUUGACUGCAAAACAAAUUGAAAGUAAACCAAGUACUACUCAAGUUGCAAUCUCCAUAGCCAUUCCUCUCUCAACUUUAUUCAUUAUAUGUUCUAUAAUAGCACUCUAUGUACACAAAGUUAGAAAGAAAAGGGCUAUCAGACUUAUCCAAGGUAAAACUCGUCAGCGUCUCUUACAAGAAGAAAUGGAUUUGAACGAGUUAAGUCUAGUUGACAUCACUAGCUCAGGAAGUGGAGCUGGUUUACCACUUUUAGUACAACGAACAAUUGCACGACAAAUAAUUCUUCAUGAAUGUAUUGGAAGAGGUGGGUUUGGUGAUGUGUAUAGAGGUACAUGGAAUGAACAAGAUGUUGCUGUAAAAAUUUUCUCAACAAAUGAAGAAGCAUCAUGGUUUCGCGAAUAUCAAAUCUAUCAAACUACAAUGCUUCGUCACGAAAAUAUACUUGGAUUUAUUGCAGCAGACAGUAAGGACACAGGUGCUUGUACGCAACUUUGGUUAGUUUCUGAGUUUCACAAAUUAGGCUCCCUCUUUGAUUUUUUACAUACCAAUACUGUUAGUUUAGAAGAACUUUUUAUAAUGGCUAUUAGUAUAGUUAAUGGGUUAGCUCACUUGCAUACUGAAGUUAUUGGUACACAGGGAAAACCAGCUAUGGCGCAUCGAGACAUGAAAUCAAAAAAUAUUUUAGUUAAAAAUAAUAAAACAUGCUGCAUAGCAGACCUUGGCUUAUCUGUACUACAUACUUCAUUUAAUGAUAAAGUUGAUAUGCCAAAUACCUCAAAAAUAGGAACUGUUCGUUAUCAGCCUCCUGAAAUUUUGUGUGGAAGUUUUAAUGUCCAGAACUUUGAGUCUUACCGGCAAGCAGAUAUUUAUUCACUAGGUUUAUGUUUUUGGGAAAUUUGCAGGCGAACUGAUAUUGGCACAGGAAAAAUUCAUUCUUAUGAAUUGCCAUAUUUUGAUGCAGUAAAUUCUGAUCCUUCUUUUGAAGAAAUGAAUGAUGUUGUUUGCCGCCAAAAUAAAAGACCUCUGUUUGAUGAAAGCUGGCAUCAAGAUGAGAAGUUAAAAGCAAUGGUAAAACUUCUCAGUGAAUGCUGGUAUAACGACUCUGCUGCUCGCUUAAGUGCAUUACGUAUUAAAAAAACUUUGUUGACAUUAUCAAAAGAUAUUUGUACAAAUAUUAAACAAAAGUAAAAUAAUAGUCGACGAUUUGAAACGUCAUAAUGAAUGGACGUUAUAAUGAAUAGACAAUUAGGAUCUUAUCCAAUUAACUAAUGGGACCAAAAUUAAUAGACAAAUAUUAAUAACAUGGAAUAAUAACGAAAUUUUUUGUUAAUAUUUCUUUUUAGCACUGCUAUUUAAUAUUUUUUUUAGCAAAUAGUUUAAACCAUAGACUUUUAUAAAAACGAAUAUAAAAAUUAUUGGAAAUUAUUUAUGGAUGACAAAAUUGCUUGUUGUAAUUUUUAUAUUUUACAAAGUGUAUUUUGUGCUGCAAAGUUUGCCAAUAAUCAGAAUAGUUUUGCCAUUUCCGA